UAGUGUGCACCACGUUUAUGGCAGGAUUAUCGCACCGAAUUAUUCACAAUCAUAUCAUUUACUGCUUUAUGUUUUCCUUAGAAAACCAUUGAAAGCUGGCAUUUUCUUAAUUUGAAUAAGCCUACUGAAAACGGGAAUUUCUGCAGCCCAGAAGCGAAAAUAUCCGGCACCGCCCUUCUUUUUCAGUCCUUCACUUGUUUUCAUUAUAUGACACUGAACUGAUUCCAGCGCAGUGAGAAAAAGCCUGUACUCAGGUCUGUACAUCUGUACACAAGGCUCCAUUAUUUCACUUAUCUCCAAGUACUUCAGGUUUUCUGUUAAGAAGCUCCAGUUCUGAAUCAUGCCGUGCACACAAAGGUUGGUGGCCAACACACAGGGAAUUUCUGGUAAAAAAAAUAAGGUGCCAAAUAAUCCACAGCAAAGAAUCCACAUCAGCACAAAUGAUAUUCUCUUCUCCAGUCUCCCAUCCAAACGGAUUGUUCUUCUGGGAAAAACUGGUGUUGGAAAAAGUGCAGUUGGAAACAUAAUCCUGGGACAGAAAGUGUUCAAAUCUAAGAUGAGAAUGAAUGCAGUGACCAAAAUAUGUUCAGAAGCUCACGCCACUGUUUCGGGCCAAUCAGUGUCUGUAGUAGAUGGUCCUGGAUUUUUUGACACACAGAUGAGGCAUGAAGAGUUAAUAACAGAGAUAGCGAGAAGUGUUUAUUUAUCCAGUCCUGGGCCUCACGCUUUUCUCAUUGUGUUUCCUGUGAAUAUAAGAUUCACUGAUCAGGAGUUGCAGAUUCUUCAGAUGAUUGAGCUCAUGUUUGGAGAAGAAGUAUUAAAAUACUCCAUCAUUCUCUUCACUCAUGGAGAUCAGCUGGAAGAAGAGCCUGUAGAGGAACUCAUUAAAGAGAACUGUAGAGUUAGACGUCUAGUAGAUCAGUGUGGAGGAAGAUAUCAGGUGUUCAACAAUAAAGAUCUGAAUAACAAAGAGCAGGUGAACAAUCUGCUGCAGAAGAUUGACUCAAUGAUAGAGCAGAAUGGAGGAGGACACUACAGUAAUCAGAUGUUUAAAGAUGCUCACAGAUUCAGACGAGAGGAAAAUGAGAGGCAAAGACAAGAAAAUGAACGAAGACAGAGGGAGAUUGACGAAGUGAGAAGAAGGACAGAGCAGAGAAUCAGAGCAGAAUAUGAAGAUCAGCCAAGGGGAUUUCAGCAGUUUUUAUCUCAUUAUAAGAGUCAUAUUUUAGCAGCAGCUAUUGCAGCUGGUUUUGUAGUUGGUGGUGCAGUUGGUGGAGCUGCUGUUUAUGGAAUUGUUGGUGGAGCUCUAGGUGGAGGAGCAGCUGGAGCUAUAGUAGGUGGAGCUCAAACUGUAACUGUAACUGGAGUUGUUGCUGGAGCUGCUGUUGGUGGAGCUGUUGGUGGAGCUGUUGGUGGAGUUGUAGUUGGCGCAGCUGCUGCUGCCAGUGUUGGAGCUGUGGCUAAAGCUGUAGGUGUUGGAGUAGUUGGUGGAGCUGCUGUUGGUGGAGCUACUGGUGGAGCUUCGAGUGGGUCUGUUAAAGGAGCUGUUGCAGGUGCUCUUGCUGGAGCCGUUGCUGGUGGAGCUGUUGUGGGUGGAGCUGCUGCUGGUGCAGCAUUUAGUGGAGUUGUUGGUGGAGCUGUUGUUGGUGGAGCUGUUGUUGGUGGAGCUGCUGCUGGUGCAGCACUUAGUGGAGUUGUUGGUGGAGCCGUUGUUGAUGGAGCUGUUGUUGGUGGAGCUGUUGUUGUUGGUGGAGCUGUUGUUGGUGCAGCUGCUGCUGGUGCAGCACUUAGUGGAGUUGUUGGUAGAGCUGUUGCUGGUGGAGAUGCUGGUGUAUUUGAUGGUGGAGCUGUUAGUAAAGAUUUAGCUGCAGCUAUCGUUGCUAGAGAACUUACUGUUGGAGCUGUUCUUGAAGAAUCACUUCUGGGUGGAGAUGCUGGAGCAGAUAGUAGAUAUGCUAGUAGCACUGACAGAGCUGCUGUUAAACGCAAGGUCAAUGUAAUUAAUUAUUUCACAUAAAUACACAUAUCAUUACUAAAUGUUAACUAAGAUAAUGGGAUUUGGCAGUUAGUUUUAUUUAAUUUAAUUUUAUUUUAUUUUUAUGCAUUCUACUUUAUACUUCCCUAAUAAAAUGUUUUCUGAAUUUUCACUUAACAAACAUUAACAGGAAUUUAACAUCUUUUUUGUGUCUUCUGACUCAAAUUUGCCAUAUUUUUACAACCGCACCAGCUGUCUAAAAUGAACACUAGAGGGUUAAUCAGCUAUAAACAGAGGAGACAUCUGUUGUAUGGACUGCAAUAUAUGAUUUGAAACUUAUUACACUAUUAAACAUUUUAGUUGUCUUCAACGUUUAUUGUUACCAAUAUGUUUUUGAAUGUAUUUCAGCAUCAUACAAUGUUUCUUGGGCGUCUGAACAAAAUUCUUGCUGGUAAAAUGUGAUAUUUAUUGGUUCUGUUCUUUUUUAUUUUACUAUCUUCACAAUAAAUAUGAACAGUCUUCUAACUGUUA